AUGCGGGAUGAUGCACUUCUUGUCCACAUCCCGAUGGUGGUUGUCCACCAGUCGUUCCGAGAGGAGACGAGUGUGGCCGUCAAGCCCGUCUCUGAAGUCCAAAUUGUGUUUGCCACAGCCCGUACAGACAGUGCUCCUCAGUUCCAAGAGCUCCUGCGAGAGUAUUCUGAGCGUGGUAGUUUUAUUCAUCUGGAUAUCACGGAGGAAAGAAGUGUAACGAGGGCAGUCGAAAUUGUGAAAAGCAAGCUUGAUGGAAAGGAACUAGCCGUCUCGAUCAACAAUGCUGGCGUAUCGAAAUUUGGAUCUCUUGAGGGGUGUAUUUUCGCAGAACUAAAUGCCAUAUCGUAUCAUGGUAUCAGUAAGCAAAUUCGUCCAAUGCAGGGCAGGAAUGAUCUUAACGACACUCUUGAAACGAACGUCAACUUUAGUCCCGGUCAGCGGCUGAAGACAGAUAUGGGAGGCUCUGGCGCGGAUCUGCCCGUAGACUUGGUAGCCGAGGCCACCUUGGAUGUUGUUUUCAGGACGACUAGGGAGGGAACGAAGAAUCCUGGAUUGAAUCAGUACGAUAGAGGGGAGUUGCCGUGGUAG